CAUCAACUAGAGCAUGUUUUUAAACGUAGACGUGUUUUAAAAACUGUCGUUUUGACGCUAUAUCAUGUCUUUCUGUUUUAAGGAUUUUUUUCUGUUUUUUUUUUUAAUUUUCGCAAUAGUGUUAGCACAUAAGCCCAAAUUUCCUGAUCGUGUUUUAAACAAUUAACAACGCUAUUUUAAAGUCGCGAUACGGUUAUAUAAAUCUGUAAAUAUUCUUUGUUUACUACUAAAUGAAACCACUCUACUAUAUUAUCAUAAUAGACUUACUGAGUUAGUUUAUCUUAAUCAAGUCUGUUUAAAAAUGUCAAGUGAUUCACCCGGGAUAAGACUGCCUUCUGCGCCUGCCGAGCGCAUUGCUGAUAACCAUGUUGUUUACAGGAGAGGAAACACACGCGUACAUGUGCAGACAUAUGAUGCACAGCAAGCGGAAGAUAUUAUUAAAGCUAAAAGCAACGUCUUUCUUAAAAGUGGGGUGUCGUCGUUUUUCUCAGGAAUCCUUGCGAUGAUAAUUGUAGUCGUCACUCUUGUUAUAAAGCUAUCAGAAGCUAUUACCACACGAAUAACAACGAACGACGUUGAUACUUAUAUGAUCAUGUUGUAUGGGAUUUGCAUUCUGUGGACAUUGUAUUAUAACGUCUUAUCAAGCUUGUGUGGGGGCGUGUUUUCACGAAUUGCUAAGACCAACCAAUCUACGAAUCGAUGGCUAAAAGGGGUUAUCAUAAUAUUCGGAACCGCUAUUGUACUGAAGGAUAGCAUGGAGUUUUUAUCUCACACAGUAGAUGACAGCGAAGAAUGCGAAGCCCAUUAUUUAUCAGCGGUCAUAUCGGCGUUGCAUCUCUUCUUUAUUUUGAACCAGAGUGUGUUUAUAUUCAGAUACACGAAACUAUUCAUUCCAAACAACUUUUUGCUCCCCAGAACCGGUAUAAUGUUUAUAAUAGCUACCAACCUCUCAACGUGGAUUGAAUCUGUCGUGACAGAAACAGUCGUAGCGUUGAAUCCAUCAUCUGCCGGCCAUCGUUCCAAAGCCAUGGUCGCAGUCGACACUGAUUCGUGUAGUUGUCAUUCAUCUUUAUGCAACACCGUUCACGUUGCCGAGAAGUUUAUGUUCCCAUUCCUGGUUGAGUUCAGUCUUGUAGCGUCUUGUAUGCUGUACGUUACAUGGAGGAACAUCGGGAGGCUUCCUCCACCAUACGAAGGGGUUGUGAAACCGAGUUACCAACUAUUCGGGUCAUAUUUCGGUGAGUACGAUACCAAACUAAUUGUCGUAUGUGUCCUUGAGCAAGACACUUAA